AUCUUUCCUAUUUUUCUAUUUUGAUCAAAUUUAAUUCGAAAUUCGAUGGUAUUUAAAAAAAAACAUCUGGAAGAAAUAAGUUGAUAUCAAGAACAAUACUAUCUGCAAGGGUAUAAUAACGAAUGGAAAGAAAAAUAUAGAACGAGGCAGAGGAAGAAUAUAAAUUUGAAAGUAUACUUUAAACGGCUUUAGAUUAUAUAAAAUUUUACUUGCAUUGAUAUAUUGUUUGUACAUAUUAACAAACAUUAUAUUGUCUCAAAGUUAUAAAUCAGAACUGAAGCUAAGCAAAGAAGCAACUUAAGGGUUAACAUUAAAUGUAUUUUUGUUUUCACAAAUGGUCACACUUUGGCUAUAUAUCUUGAAAACAAAUCAAAAAGUUAUCUUAUCGUCGCUGCCCGCGCCUCUAUAUUGCAUUUUAAGCAUGCGAACGUGAAAACAGACCACAAAAGUUGCGAUGUUGCUGCUGGAGUUGAACAUUCUGACCCUGAAUAUUUGGGGCAUUCCAUAUGUGUCAAGUGAUCGUGGACCCCGUAUCGAUGCCAUUUGCAAGGAGCUGGCAAGUGGAAAAUACGAUAUCGUGUCCCUGCAAGAGGUGUGGGCGCAGCAGGACAGCGAGCGACUACAGAAAGGCACAGAGGCGGUCCUGCCCCACAGUCACUACUUCCACAGCGGAGUGAUGGGGGCCGGACUGCUGGUGCUGUCCAAGUAUCCCAUCUUGGGCACUCUGUUUCACGCGUGGUCCGUCAACGGCUACUUCCAUCGCAUUCAGCACGCAGACUGGUUCGGCGGUAAGGGCGUGGGCUUGUGCCGCAUCUUGGUGGCUGGACAAAUGGUCCAUCUCUACAAUGCCCAUCUGCACGCUGAGUACGACAAUGCCAACGACGAGUACAAGACCCAUCGCGUCAUCCAGGCCUUCGACACAGCUCAAUUCAUCGAGGCCACCAGAGGCAACUCUGCCCUGCAAAUUCUAGCCGGCGAUCUGAACGCCCAGCCACAGGACAUCUCAUACAAGGUGUUGCUCUACACCUCCAAAAUGCUUGACAGCUGCGCCUCGGACUCCUUUCGAACCAACGAGUGUCAGCACAACUCGUACACCUCGAAGCAGGCGUUGGAAAGGAAUCCCCAGGGCAUCCGCAUUGAUCAUAUUUUUGUUCGCGGCGGCGACCACGUAGACGCAGAGAUAGUAGAGUACCAACUGCCCUUUCCGGACCGAGUACCCGGCGAAAAGUUCAGUUUCUCGGAUCACGAGGCAGUGCUAGCCAAGCUUAGGUUAUCAAAGCCUGCACCAAGAACGGAGGAGCCAGUUGCCACAAUCGAGGUGAACUGCCAGGUGGAAGAAGGCGGGAGCUGCGCCGUGAGAGAAUUGGGAGCGGGCGAUGCUCAGGCCGGCGAUGAGGAGCAGCCGGAAGCGCAGUGCAAUGGCAGCGCAUCAUCCAUUCAAACCAUGCCUGCCGCUCGAACUGCCGCCCUUCACGAAGCUUUGGCCCUGUGCGACGCCUCCCUUCUGCAGCUUAACACGGAUCGGAUACUGUACUACAGCGCUGCCACCUUUCUGUUCGUCCUCCUGGUUCUGUUGGUGGAGUUCACCGCUCCCGUUGGCAUGCGCACCAUCUUCCUACUGCUCAAGUUUAUCGUAUUCGGCGUCAUCCUCUUCUGCGUUUUCAUGGCCUCCAUUUGGAACUACAUGGAGCGAAACGGGGUGCUGCAGGGCAAAAAGUCGAUGGAGGUGAUGCUGCAUCACGCCCAGAAGUACGAGUACUUCUACUAAGGCUGUGUGAAGCAGCAAAGCUCAAAGCGCAUUUAAAAUCCAUGUGUACCGUAGUUUAACAAACGUUGUAAUGUCUCAGAUUUAAGUUUAUGACUCUGAACUGUAAUAUUUCAAUGCAAUUUCGUGGUAUCUCUUCAUGUAACGUUCUCUAUAUCCCAAAUCAGAUUUAAUAAAUCCGACCAAUUUUGGCAUGAAUACUUA